AUGGAAGAUAUUAGUUUUUCACCAGAACGAAUUUACCCUAUUCCUUCACCAAUUAAUGAGCCUCCUUCACCUUCACCUUCACCAAUUGAUCAAACUCCUUCACCUAUUCAAGUUGAUCUUUCACCUUCUCCUUCACCUAUUAAUGUUGAUCAUACUCCUUCACAUCAUGAAGAUGAAGUUAAUAAUGCGGAGGCGCAAGGAGAAAUAUGUAGGCUGAAAAGUAAGAUUUGGCAGCAUUUUAAAAAAAUUAAAGUCAAUGGUUUGGAUAAGGCUGAAUGCAAGUAUUGUAAGAAACUUCUUGGUGGAAAAUCAAAAAAUGGAACCAAGCAUUUGUGGCAGCAUAAUGAGAUUUGUGUUCAGUACAAGAUUUUUAUGAGAGGGAUGAAGGACCAAACAUUUCUUACACUUAAGGUCGUGCAAGGAAAGCAAGAGUUGGGUACGGGAACUUAUGAUGCAAAAUGUGCAAGGGAAGAGCUAGAAAAAGCAAUUAUUAUGCAUGAGUAUCCACUAUCAAUUAUGGAUCACCUAGGUUUUAGGAGAUACUCUGCUGCCCUCCAACCUGUGUUUCAGGUUCCUACUACAAACACAAUUAAGAAGGAGAUAGUGAAAAUCUAUGAGAAUGAACGAGCUACAACUUUGAAGUUGUUGGAUAGUCUUGAUGGAAGAGUGGCCAUUACAUCAGACAUGUGGACUUCAACAAGUCAGAAGAGGGGGUAUAUGGCUAUUACAGCUCAUUACGUUGAUGGCUGUUGGAAUUUACAAAGCCAGAUUUUGAGGUUCAUUUAUGUUCAUGCUCCUCAUACAAGUGAUAGACUUUGCAAUGCAUUAACUGACUGUUUGAUGGAUUGGAAUAUUGACACAAAACUGUCAACUAUCACCCUAGAUAAUUGUACCACAAAUGAUGCUAUGAUUGAUAAAAUUAAGGAUAAAUUGCACUUAGGUAGUUUGCUUAGGGAUGGGUCUUUACUUCACAUGCGUUGUUGUGCUCACAUCCUUAAUUUGAUAGUAAAAGAUGGGUUGGAAGUGGUGAAAGAAGGUAUAGAAAAUAUUCAGGAUAGUGUGGCAUAUUGGACAGCAACACCUAAGAGGAAGGAAAAAUUUGAGGAAACGGCUAAACAGUUGAGAAUCCCUUACACUAAGAAUUUGGCAUUAGACUAUCCAACUAGAUGGAACUCAACUUAUAAAAUGCUUGAAAUUGCCAUAGGAUAUGAAGAUGUAUUUCUUCAAUUAAAGUAG